AGGUGCCCACUUUCAGACAUUUCACUUGGGAGUCUCGGGGACCCAGCUGUGUCUGAGUAUCAUCGGACAGACAGUCACACCAGCUUCGUAUCUGUUGACAAGUAAGAAGUUAUGUCAUCUCUGUCAGCAGUUUAAUAAUUCUCUGUAGGCAUUGACUUGAAAGCAAGGACAAGGAGUGGAAAAAAUGAAGGUGGUUCCAAGAGAAGCUGAGAAAUUGAGUCUGCAUAAUGCUGGAUAUCUAGCACAGAAACGUCUUGCUCGUGGUUUGAGGCUCAACCACCCAGAAGCUGCAGCACUCAUAGCCACACAGGUUUUGGAGUUUGUUCGUGAUGGUGACAAAUCUGUGGCAGACUUGAUGGACAUUGGGAGACAGCUCCUGGGAAGGAAGCAAGUUCUUCCUGGUGUUCAACAUCUUUUGGAUAUGGUGCAGGUUGAAGGGACCUUUCCUGAUGGGACUAAGUUAAUUACCAUUCAUGAUCCAAUUUCUAGUGAUAAUGGAAAUCUGGAACUAGCUUUAAAGGAUUCUUUUCUUCCUGUUCCCUCACUAGACAAGUUUCCUGAAAUGGAAGAUAACAAAAUUCCGGGUGAAGUUAUCUUUGGAGGUGGUGCCAUUGUGCUUAAUCAUGGAAGGAAAGCAAUAGUCCUCAAAGUUGUUAACACAGGAGACAGGCCAGUUCAGGUUGGCAGUCACUAUCACUUCAUUGAGGUCAACCGCGCCCUGAUUUUUGAUCGAAUGAAAUCAUAUGGCAUGCGCCUGAAUAUACCAGCUGGAACAGCCAAGAGAUUUGAGCCAGGGGAGAGUAAACAUGUCACACUUGUAAGUAUUGGAGGUAAUAGAGUAAUCAGAGGAGGAAAUGGCAUUGUGGAUGAUCCAGUAGAUGAUGGCAAACAAAAGGCAGUCCUGGAAGCUUUAGAAGCGAGAAAAAUUCGAAAUGAGGAAGAACCAAAAGCUAGUGAAGGUGUUGCAGGAAGAGAUCUAGCUUUCACCACAGUAAUUCCUCGUGAGGCAUAUGCAAACAUGUAUGGCCCUACUACUGGUGACAAAAUUCGGCUUGGUGAUACCAACUUGUUUGCUGAAAUUGAAAAGGACUUUACUGUUUAUGGGGAUGAAUCUGUAUUUGGAGGUGGUAAAGUUAUAAGAGACGGAAUGGGCCAGUCAUCUGGGAACCAACCAGCCAAUUCGUUGGAUACUGUUAUAACCAAUGCUGUGAUCAUUGAUUAUAGCGGGAUCUUUAAGGCAGAUAUUGGUAUCAAAGAGGGUAAUAUAUUUGCCGUUGGAAAAUCAGGCAAUCCAGAUGUUAUGGAUGGUGUAAAUAUGACCAUUGGGGUUAACACUGAGGUCAUUGCUGGGGAAGGAAUGAUUGUGACUGCAGGCGCCAUAGACUGUCACGUGCACUUCAUAUGCCCUCAAUUAGCUUAUGAAGCAAUAUCGAGUGGUAUCACAACCUUAGUAGGAGGUGGAACAGGACCUGCUACUGGGACUCGUGCAACAACUUGUACACCAGCUCCGUCACAAAUGAAGUUAAUGCUGCAAGCAACUGAUGACCUACCUCUAAAUUUUGGCUUUACAGGGAAGGGGAACAGUUCGAAACCUGAUGGACUACAUGAUAUAAUAAGGGCUGGGGCAAUGGGACUGAAACUGCAUGAGGACUGGGGAACUACUCCUGCUGUGAUAGACAAUUGUUUGACCGUGGGAGAUCAAUAUGACAUCCAGGUUAAUAUCCAUACAGACACCUUGAAUGAAUCUGGAUUUGUGGAAGAUACAAUUUGUGCAUUUAAAGAAAGAACUAUCCAUACUUACCACAGUGAAGGAGCAGGUGGAGGCCAUGCUCCAGAUAUCAUCAAAGUGUGUGCUGUUAAGAAUGUCCUGCCCUCAUCAACGAACCCCACUCGGCCUUUCACUUCCAAUACUAUAGAUGAGCAUCUUGAUAUGCUGAUGGUUUGCCAUCACCUGGACAAGGACAUUCCAGAAGAUGUAGCUUUUGCUGAAUCAAGAAUAAGGGCUGAAACAAUUGCUGCAGAAGAUAUUUUGCAUGAUAUGGGGGCAAUUAGCAUUAUAUCUUCUGAUUCACAGGCUAUGGGUCGGAUUGGAGAGGUGAUAAGCAGAACUUGGCAAACUGCUGACAAGAUGAAGUCACAAAGAGGGUCGAUAGAACCUAGGGGAUCCGAAAAUGACAACUUUCGGAUCAAGCGAUACAUCGCAAAAUAUACAAUAAAUCCAGCAAUAGUUAAUGGAUUUUCUCAAUAUGUUGGUUCAGUUGAGGUGGGGAAGUUGGCUGAUCUUGUUCUAUGGAAGCCAUCUUUCUUUGGCGCAAAACCAGAAAUGGUGGUCAAAGGUGGUGCUAUUGCAUGGGCUAAUAUGGGUGAUCCAAACGCAAGCAUCCCCACACCUGAACCGGUCAUAGCGAGGCCUAUGUUUGGUGCAUUUGGCAAGGCUGGUAGUGCUAACUCCAUUGCUUUUGUCAGCAAGGCAGCUAUAGAUAAUUGCGUUAAAGACUUGUAUGGCCUUGACAAGACAGUCGCUGCCGUGGGCAAUGUUAGGAAACUCAACAAACUGGACAUGAAACUCAACGACGCGCUGCCAAAGAUAGAGGUUGAUCCGGAGACAUACACGGUAACAGCAGAUGGCCAGGUUCUUACCUGCAGUCCAGCCACCACAGUACCCCUAUCUCGGAACUACUUCAUGUUUUAGGCGGAUCCUCCAUAGUUCGUUCGAACCUCUACCACUUGUACAUUAAAUUUAUAAUACAAGCCCAAUAAAACUCACAUAAACACUGGUCCUUCCAUGUUGUGUAAAACAGAACCUUCCUGACUUUGACAGAUAUAUGGAUCCUGCAUGUGAUCUUCUGAGAAUCUGAGUGCAUAUAUUUGGUUGAGCCUAAGAAAAUAGAUAAUCUUAUGCAA